GACCAAAACAGAAACAUGGCGGCCGCGGCGGCUGUCCGGUCGAGCGUGGGGCUGACUUUGAGGCUUUCUCGAGCUUUACCGGACUGCAGCAACUGUCCCUUUCACCGGUCAAACGGCGGUGUCAGCGGCGUUUGUAAUUCACAAAGGAGGGGCUCGUUUGAUAGCUUUCGGACCAUAAAUCGACACUUGCAGACGAGUAAAGGUCUGUACCACAGCGAGGAGGGCAUCUCCAAUGCAGAGGACCCUGACGAUGUGGUGAACGUGGUGUACAUAGAUCGGUCAGGCCAGAAGAUCCCGGUGAAGGCUAAAGUGGGAGAUAAUGUCAUGUAUCUGGCUCAGAGGCAUGGAAUCGAACUGGAAGGAUCGUGUGAAGCCUCGCUGGCCUGCUCAACGUGUCACGUCUACGUGAACUCCUCCCAUUUCGACAAGCUGGCAGAGCCUGAUGAGAGGGAGGAUGACAUGUUGGACAUGGCGCCCAUGCUUCAGGAGAACUCCCGGCUGGGAUGCCAGAUCAUUCUCAAGCCGGAGCUCAACGGCAUAGAGCUCACCUUGCCCAAAGUCACGAGGAACUUCUACGUGGAUGGCCAUGUGCCCAAACCUCACUGAGAAGAGGCGCAGAGAACAAAAAUGAGGGGAGGUGGAGGUGACGCUGUGUGUGCUGGUUGAUCACGGAGAAAUGCACGGCUAGGAUAGUAAAAGGUCCGUUGCAACUCCCAAGACUUCAUCCAGACUGAAAAAGUCCCACAGUUAAUCGACAGCUCAUGCCUGCAGGUGACAUCGAGAAGAGCCAGAGAAUAUUUCACUCAGGGUGAAAUCAAUGGUUACUUCAAAAAAAAACAUAAAAACUGUGGUUUAACAGAAGAUAUAUUUAUUCAUGCGUGGUGUUCUCAGCAACAAGAGGCCAUUCAAUCCAACAAACUGCUUUGCUAAAACAUUAGACAAUUCAAGAGACAUACCACAUCUGUCUUCUACAUUGCAGAGAAAGAUUCAACAAAGUUCAUCAAUGGAACAUUCCUCGUUGGAGCUCUUGAGCUCUAACGCACAAGUAUUCCAAGAAGAUGUUCCUAGUCAUUUACGCUCUCGAUUCACUUAUAUGGUAUGCAUUUAGUUCCAUUUAUAUUUACCUGUGAUUUUGCUGGCUUAUCAAUAUGUACCAACCCAAGUCAUAGACCUAAAUAGGUUUUCUUUCUGCAUGGUACUGAAGCCAGAUUCAGAGGAAGAAGAAACCAUUUAUCACAAGAGAAAUGCGGCUUGAAGCUGAAAGUUUGGGCUCGAAUUUAGAGUUAAAAACACACAAACUACACUUACAUUUCACUCACUUGAACACGGCAAAACAUAUUUCGGCAAAUUGUCUUGAGAGUGGCAGAUGGAGAAAAAAAAAUACAUUUGAAAGCACUUCCUCUCAGCUUCAGGUGCGCUUUGAUCCAGAGCAGAAUGGAGGUGGAGACGAGUCCUGUGAGCUGGUGGGCUUAACGUUACCACGGAAUGAGUUUCUGCCCUUUACUUGGUAAAGUCUACUGUACUUGUCCUUACGCACAAAUGUAAGUCAACUGUGUUUAACAUGCGUUAAAAAUGACAAAUGUGAAGUUGUGUAAUAAAAUGUUUUUAAACAUAA